AUGGCACGGGCGGUGCCGGGGAUCCCGCACAGACCGCAGCAGAGGCAGCAGCGGGGAGCAAGGGGGGGGGGUCCCCCGGCCCGCGGGCCCCGCCGGGAGCAGCCGCGUCCCCACGCGGGGACAGCGGCGGUGGCGGGGACGCGGCGGGUGCCGGACGCAUCCCGCCGGCCGCCGCCUCCUCGCUCGGCGGGGCUGCUGACGGCCCGAACCCCCCCCACCGAAAUUCGGGGCGGGCGCACGAUGCCCUUGGCUCGCACCCCACCCCUGACACGUCUCCGGCGCAGCCUCCACCCCCUGCGCGUGCCGAGGCGUGCCAGGCGCGUGCAGCCCCUGCGUGCGCGGCCACACGCCUGUGUCACGCGUGUGCUCCCAGCGACAGACCCCCAGGGGCUACCCCCGACCCCACCCGAUGCCGCCGUGGCCGCGGUGGCACCCUUAGCCCGUUCCCGUUCCCGGUCCCGGUCCCGGUGGAACCCCGCUGUCCCUCGGCCGGUGCCGGGUGGCCGCGCUGCCGGCGGUGUCCGGCUCCAGCCCCGCGGCCGGGAGCCAAAUUCCUCCGCCUCCGCAGGAAGCCGUCGGCGCUGGCGGCGCAGCGGGGCCGGGCCCGGCCGGAGGGAUGCCGGAGGGAUGCCGGGGCGGAGGAGAGAAAGCAGGUCAGCCCCGAGCCGCCAGCGUCACCCUGGCAGCGGCAGCGGCGGCUCCUUCGAGGAAGCAGGGCGAGGAUCCGGCCCCGUGACGUCCCUCCGGCCCGGCCUGGCCGAGGCGCGCUCGCUCGAGGAACCUGCCCGGCCCCGGGGCCUGCGGAGCCCCAGGCAGGGGGGAUUUGCUCCCCACAGCCUGAGCGGCAGCGAGCACAGCGCGUGUGUGCGCACCCCACGGCCCGAGCGGCCCUGGGGAGGGGACAGGGACACGCGGCCGGGCACCUCCUUCCACACGGGGCAUCCCGGCCCCCGCUCUCCCAGGGAAACCGAGGCACACAGGGAGCGCCUGCGGGGCCCCGGCCCCGCCCCGCCGUGGGGUCGCAGCCAUCGCCGGUUCUUAGGUUUUUUGGGGGGCCCCGUCACCGCGGGUUACGCAACCGCGCGUCUGCGAGCGCCGACAGCGCGGCCGAGGCAGCCCGGAGAGGGCGGGGGGGGGGCCGGGGUCCUCCCUGCCUCGUACCACGGCGAGGAUUUAGCGGGGACAGCGGCGUGUCCCACCCCGGUGUGGCUGUGCCCGGGCGGCACCGGUGCCCGGCUGUCCCGCGUGUCCCCUCCCGGGACGCCGCCCUGGCCUGGGAAACGGGAGAGCGGCGAGACGGGGUCACCUGGGGACACGGCUGAGGAUGGCGCUUGUCCCUGCGCCGGGGCUGGUGGCACCGUGGCAGCCUUGGCAGCCGGGCGCGGGGUUGGCACAGCCGUCCCUGCAGGCACAGGGUCCGUGUGCCCGGGGAUGAUGUGCGUGUGCGACCGUCUGGCAUCCCACGGCCCGAUGCCCCCGACCCUCGGCGGCUCCAACUCCCGCUCCCAAACCGUCCCCUUGGCCCCACACCUGCCACCGCCUCCUCGUCUGCUCUCGGGCCACUCACCCGCUUUGUCACCCGCUGUCGCGGGGCCGGGGGCGCAGCGUGGGGCACCUCCAGAUCACCCCCGGAUCACGCCAGGUUCACCCACCGGCUCACCCCCCGGAUCACCUCUGGCUCACCCCCGGAUCGCCUCCGGAUCACCUCAGGAUCACCUCCGGUUCAUCCCCCGCCUCCCCCCCCGGAUCACCCCUGGAUCACCUCCGGAUCACCCCCGGAUCACCUCCGGAUCACCCCCGGAUCGCCCCCGGAUCGCCCCCGGAUCGCCCCCCUCUCGCCCCGGCGCGGGGCUCAGCCGCUGA